UAAGUUAUUCUCCAUCCAAAUCCUAUCCUCAAACCACAUAGGAGUUUGGUUUUGUCACAGCAUCCAAAUUUGUUUCGUGCUAGUAUAAAAGAAGGAAAAACCCACGUCCUCUCCCAGGAUAAUUGCGACAUAAACCCCACCUCGAAAUAAUCAAAAAAUAAAAAAAAAUUCGCUCCAGGAUGAGAAUCUCUCUCCUACUGCUUAUCCUAUUACUCACGGCGCCGCCAUUCGCCGUCUCGCAAACAGCCCCGGAUCCCCCCAUGUACUACCUCAACUCCGACCUCAAUUCGAGAUCAGAACUCAUUUUCGUAAUCGUGGUGGCUGCCUUCCUCAUAACUGGCUUCGUCUCCGUCUGCCUCCACCAAUGCUACUACGGCGACACCGCCGGCGGAGCAAUUCCUCUUUACACCGCCGCAAGCCGCCCGCCCCGGCUCUCCCCAAGCGGCCUCGAUCCCGCCGUGAUGAAUUCGUUCCCGAUAUUUAACUACUCCGAGAUCAAACACCUCAAACUCGGCAAAGGGGAGCUAUCGUGCGCCGUGUGCGUAUCCGAGUUCGAAGAUAGCGAGAGGCUGCGGUGGUUGCCCAAGUGCGACCACGUGUUUCAUCCCGAGUGCAUCGACCUUUGGCUGGCCUCUCACUCCACCUGUCCGAUUUGCCGAGCGAACCUGAGUCAAGGAAUUGAGUCGACUCAGUCGACAGAGGCGUGUAAUUCGACAGCUGAAAUAUUAUUCAGGGAAGUACAAAAUCAGAAUGAUCAGAUUGCACUUGAGGUGGAUGAAAAUCAACAAGUAGAUACGGAACCGAGGGAGCGAGCGAGGGUAAUGUUUCCGAGGCCUCACUCGACGGGUCACUCACUGGUUCGACUCGGGGAGGACUGUGAGAGAUACAUGCUGAGAUUGCCGGAAGAGCUGAGGAGGCAGGUGGACCGGGGUGGGACACCGGACCGGUGGUUUUUUACUAUGACGCCGCCAUGUUUCUCUAGAACCGGUUCUCAAUGGUUGGCGAAGGUGGGCUUCGUUGAUGGUGAGGUAACGGCGGUUGGGACCUCUAAGGUGUUUCGGACGUCCGUGAAAUCGCCGUUUGAAUGUGUAGCCGGCCGGCAAGAACGAGCAAAUGUCUAGUGGACUUCCUGUUUAACUUGAUGGAAUCAUGGAAUUCCAGUGUCCAAAAACUACUGAUUUUUUAUUUCGUUUUUUUUUGGAUUUGGAUAGGCAUGUUAAGUUACUGUAUUUAAUGGAACAAUUUACAGUAGUAAAUUUUUUCUGUA